UCUGAAAUCUAUCUUGUUUUUGAACGUAUUAGCAUUUUUAGCUUCGCACUUCGCGAAAUGAAGGAAAUAUUGUUUGAUGUGUUUUUAAGAUUAUAGUACUAUUGCAAUGUCAUUUUUAAACAUAAAUAAAACUCUUCGUGUUAUUCUUGUGAUGUAAAUAUUUUCUAAAAGCAGUGUACACUUUAGUUCUGGGAUAACCUCUGAUAGGUUUUUACAAUAUGAACCCGCAAGUUUGUACGAAUUGCUGCAAUGAAAAGCCUGUAAAUGCGACUGAUAACCGGCUGGUAACUGAAAGUUGUGGUCAUGUGAAAUGUAUGGACUGUUUGCUGCAUGAGAAGACUGGGUGCCAAGCUUGCCUUAGUGAGAAAUCGAGUCUUAGAGUUGAAGAAGGUUUGAACGAAAGUUUAGACGAGGAAUUUGCGGAGGAUAGUCCGCUGCCGGAGACUGACAAGUGCUAUGAUGAACUGGAUAAGGAGGUACAGAGUGAGGUUUACGACGAGUUCUACAAGAAAAAGAAACUGGAAACAUCACACAUUAAAGUGGAAACUGAUGCAAACGGCAAAACAUUUUUGUGUACUGUGUGCAAGAAGAAGUUCCAUGCUCCUAGUCAAGUGGCUUACCAUGCUUACUGCAAUGGGCAGCGGAAACCAUACCAAUGUCCAGAGUGCAACAAGACAUUUGCAACCAUGUCACAUUACAAGUACCAUAUGCGUGUACACCGCAAUGAGCGCACAUACUCGUGUGACGUUUGUGGCGAGGGAUUCUUCCAGAUGUCCAAGUUACAGAGACAUAAGUUGAAGCAUACCAAGGAAAAGAAGUUUGCGUGCAACGAAUGCAACAAGGCGUUCAACAACCUCUCGUCUCUACGUAAGCACGGCCUCACGCACACGGACGAGCGCCCGUUCUCCUGCCCUACCUGCGGGACCCGGUUCCGAGACAGUUCCAAUCUGAGGAAACAUAAUAUGCGGAAACACGAAAGGAAGUGCGCUUGCGGCGGUUGGGGCGGGUGCGUGCGCCCGGGGUGCAGCGGCGGGGACGGGGGCGGGGGCGCGGCGGGGCGCAGCGCCUCGCGCCGCACCUACCAGUGUCCGCGCUGUCCGCGGGCCUUCCACUCCGGGAAGGACAUGAGACGACACGCCGCCGUGCAUACAGAUUCCAAACCCUUUCGCUGUAAAGUAUGUAGCCGCCGCUUCAGAAGGAAAGACAACCUCGAGCGCCACAUCCGCAACACACACCCGGAGUACGUGCCUGCAACCGCGGUGGAUUGCGACGAGACCAUCCUCAAGCAGAUCCAAGCCAAUGGACAUAGCACUAAACUUGAUGACUACCAAAAGGACGAGAAGUUCAAACUAAAGAUCAUGAACCCACUGCCACCUCUACCAGACGAACUGAUGCAGAAACAUAUGCAUGAGACCGACAAGAAGCAAGAGAACGCUGACGAAGAUGAAAAGAUAGAUAAGUCGUACAUUUUGGUCGCUAACAAUGCGCGGCAGAGCGUGAUCGUUGGGAAUAAAACUGCUACUGUCGAAAAAACCGUGGCAAAUUCCCCUGAGCAUUGCGAGUACGUACAUAAAAUUAGAAAAGCUUCCAUUAUACCUCUACCGCCGAUAGACGUGCGGAAGAUGAUAGAAUUGGAGGAACAAACUAAUUUGAAUAACUUGGAUCUGGGUACUCCACCGAAGGACAAGAAGACGUUGUAUGAGAAGAUUUUGUACGGAGACAGAGAUAAGAAGGAUAGUGAGGAGCCGAAUGUUGAUUCGGGGCCCGAAGUCCAUUGGAGAAGGAAGCUGAAGCAAUCCGUUUCUAUAGAUAUAUAAUGAAGGCUGAGUCGAAGCAGGGUUGGUGGGAAAGGCAGUUAUUGUGGUAGUAUACAACCAAUUUUAUAUGUAUUUAAUGCAUAUUAAGAUAUAUUUCAAGAACUUAAGUACAUUUUAUCCAUAGUGUUCUGAUUACUUUUGAUGCUACUGAGUUACUUUCACAUUUUUCAAGUAACCCUUAGUAAGUUUUAGCAAUAAACAAACUGUUAUUCACGUUUCAAUAACUCUUAUAAUUGCCCUUAGCACUAAAAUUCGCGUUAAAAUAUUUUUCAAUAUAUUUUUUUAUUUCGUGCUAGUGUAUACUAUUGUUUAAUGAUUCUGUUCUGAUAGGAAGCAGUCAAUGUUACUAAUACUAGGUUUAUAAGUGCGUCCAAGACGCGUUAGGUUAGGCUAGGUAACACUACAAUACAUACUAUUUGCUACAGUUACUAUAUUAUCCGUGUAUAUAUGAAAUCAGAUUUUAACAAGUUAUACAAAAUGUUUUAUAUUGAAAUUAUGAAUUGGUAUUUUCCGGCAGAGGACCAAAUAAAUGUUGUUUUUUUAUGUUUGAUCUCGAUAGUGGUUUUAAUAAUAAUUUGUUUUUAAUGGUAAUGUUGGGACUGAAUUAAUGGGGCAAGAGACUGAUUGUAAUGUGGGUAGGAAGGAUUAAGAAGGUUGCAUAUAAAACAACAAUCUUUGAAUAAUACAAUUUUAGUGGAAAUGUAACUUGUGCAAUGAAAUUUUGUUCUAAUAAUAUCAUCAAAUAAAUGCUCACACUGUUAUAUUGGUCUGCCAAAACUAUAUUUAUGUGAUAAAAAUCUGUUAUUUUGAGUCUGGAACUUUGAACAAAAUAUAAAUAAAUGAAAUAUAUAAUAUUAGUUAUUAAAAUGUCGACUGAAGAUCAUGAUCUCCGAUGUAAGUUGAUCUCACGUAUUUUAAGUUGAUGUUUAACAUUUAUUGUGAGGUACCAUGUCGCAUAAACUCGUUCACUUCGUCCUACCGAUUUAAAAAAAAAACAAUAAACAAUCAUGGCGGCUUGGAAUUUACCGCCAAAAAGUUUCAACAAAACAAUCUGUCUACAAUAAAUAAAUCAAAACGAAACUAAGGUUGUGAUGUAUGUUUUUUACACAUACUUUACAUUUGCAAAGAUAAAUAAGUAACAUUAAUUAACAGACAAUUACAUUAUUGUUUUGGUAAUACACAAUUUUGUAAAGGUGCAUUUUCUUAUAAUUCAGAAUUUUUACACAUUUUCUUGUGUUGGUGUUUUACGCAAUUGUAUAAAUCAAGCCUGUGAUCAAGUUUUCUAUACUACGAAAUCCCGUAGAACAGUUUCAUUUAUAAUUAAUUGUGUAAAAAAUCGUGUAGCUAGAUAAAAAUAUAGGCAAUAAGUGGACGAGCCGCGUUACUAGUACCAUAAUGUAAUAACGAGCCGUUUAGUCAUCCAUUAAUAUUAAACUGAUCGUCACUGUAACAUGGAAUGCAUAUUUUAUACUAUUCGUAUCUGUAUUUUGCUAUAUUUUGUAUGAAUAUUUGUAAUUUACAUGAAUUUAGAGACAAAUAAAUGCAUUGAAAAGAUA